AUGGUUGGUAAUGGUAAGGGAGUGUAUGGCUUUGGUGUUGGUUAUGGCAAUACCAUCACUACUGCACGGGCUGAUGCCGCUAUGCAGGCUCUUAAACGCCUCCAGUUCGUUGAUCUGGACAGUAGCCGAACACUGCACGCUCCGGUGAUAGCGCGAGAGUACGGGCAGAAGUGCAAGAUACUACCCCUGCCCGCCGAGUCGGGCAUCCUCUGCAAUCGACGAUACUUGCCUUGGGUGUACAUCAUGGGAUUGCAUAAUGUGGAAUUGAAGUUUGAAGGAGAGCUCUCGUGGCUGUCGAGGACGAGGGCCAUCACUCGGACCACCAGCAUGAUAAUGAGUCGUCGAACUGUUGCUAAUGGUGAAGGCAAAAAAUAUGCCCAUUUGAUGGCCCCAGGGGACCAUUGGGUUCACUGGCCUGACCGAUGGUUUAAGGAAGUCCGCAGACGGUAUGACCAGAAGGGCCAUAUGAUACGCCACGAACGGAGGCAUCUUCUCCAUGGUAAAAAGCGCGGUAAUAUCCUCGUGUCACCACUAGAGGUUCGGCCAGGAUUCACUAGAUUUGGUUGGCAGCCAGUGAUGAACAAAUGGCAGUGGCAUUUGAAUAAACGGAGGCAACAGUUUAAUUUGGUGAAGUCGUUGACCACCGAGGAGAACGUAUUGUUCCCCACUCCGGGUUCAGGAAGGUUCAUGGCCCCUAAG